AUGUCUGAUCAAGAUAAACAAAAGGGUAGUGAGGAUGUGUCCUCAGCAGAGGAAAAGAAACUUGAUUUUGCUGGUGUUGCAACCAGUACCCCCAAAACCACAAAAGAUGGUAAAGAUGGUAAAACCACAAAAGAUGGUAACCCUUCAAAAACCACAAAAGAUGGUAAAACCACAAAAGAUGGUGACCCUGUUAAAACAUCAAAAGUCAGUGACCCUAUAAAAUCAGAGGUAUCUGUACCUUCAGAACAGAGUGCAAAACCAAAGGUAUCUGUACCUGAUUACAAUGCACCAGCUUUGCACCAGGGACAGAAACACAAUCCCUUUGCAAAGUUGGCAUGUAAUUUUGGUGACACUAGUACUAGCAGUAGCAAACUUCAAAAUACCUUUUAUGACAAAGAUGGUAAUAGCAUUAAUCAGGUGUAUGAAUUUAAUACAAACAUCCCAAGAAUCCCACAAUUUUCAGGGGAUGACCCUCCUCAAAAGGGGGAUGUUUCGUACAAAGAAUGGAGAUUCGAGGUACAGUGCCUGAUGCGUGACCCUGAUGUUAAAUCAAAUAUUCUGAUACAAAGUAUUAGACGGUCAUUAAGGGGUACAGCAAAAACAAUGUUGAUUCCGUUAGGUGAGAAAGCAGGUGUUAAGCAAAUUUUAGAGAAACUUGACAUUUUGUUUGGUGAAAUUUCCAACAAUGGCAUGAUUAUGCAAGAAUUUUUCAAUGCUUAUCAACUACCGGGUGAGUGCGUAACAUCGUUUGGUUGUAGACUGGAGACUAUGUUACAAAAUGCUAUCGAUAGUGGUUAUCUUGAUCGUGCAUCUAAGAAUGACUUGUUAAGGCAUAAGUUUUGGACUUCAUUAAGUUCAGAGAAGCUUAAGGCUCAAACGAGACAUAAAUAUGAUGACAUCAAGAAUUAUGACAGGUUGUUGUUAGAGAUUAGAAGGGUAGAAAAAGAAAUUUUGAUAAGUUCUAGCAUUUCAGAGAAAAAGCCAGUUGAUGGGUUGUCUAGGAAGCCGGAGCUCUUCUCUGAGGCUAUUAAGGCCAUAUGUCAGUCUGUAUUAUGUGGUGUUCCAUAUUGCCAGACUAUUGUAGAUGACUCGUUAUCAGAUUCAGCUAGUUUUGAGGAUGAAGAAUCCCAUUAUCUCAGUGACAUUAACUGGAGAAGAGAGCAUUUGUUGGGUGAAGAUUCCAAUUGA